AUGGCGCCCCCGGCCGCGCCCCCAGGGUCGCAAACACCUCGCGCUGCAAACCCGAAACUGGAGCAGAGCAUUGGACAAGCUACGAGCGUGAUCAUGCCGCUCCUGGAACUGGGCGCAGUUGGAUACGUGACUUGGGUCCUUGUCUAUCAGAUCUCCAUUCAGUACCUCACGUCGCCGUCCUUGGAUAUACAAAUCAGUUUCGAAGUAGAACCGCGGCCUGCGACGGGGAUUGCGCUGAUAGUCGUGUAUGCAAUUGUAAUGCUGGUGAUGCUCGUUGCCUGGAUGCGCCUUCUGAUGGCGAUAUGGACGAAGCCAGAUCUUGUACCGUUGGGUGAUGGAAAGACAGAGAAGGGUGCGGCAAGCACGAAGACGCUUGGAUUCGACGGUUAUGAUGCUUUUGUCUGCGAUUACUUUGGGGAUCCGCUCUGGUGUGACAAAUGUAGCAAUUGGAAGCCAGAUCGGACGCACCAUUGCAAGGAGCUGGGGCGUUGCGUCAGGCGCAUGGAUCACUACUGCCCUUGGGCGGGAGGAAUCAUUGGAGAGAGUACCCACAAGUGGUUUCUGCAGUUUGUCGGUUAUGGAGCAUUAUAUACGCUCUAUGUUUGGAUUGUUGUAGCAGUGUUUUUGGCCGAGAGAAGUUCAAAGGCAAGAACUUGGAUCGGCACCCUUGUCACCGCAGUGCUUUUUUUCGUCUUUGCGUUUACCAUGUCUUGUAUGACGGGCUGGAAUCUCAUGAUCAACUUCACCUCGGUCGAAGCUGCCCAACGCGGCGGUGUCCACAAUAUUGCAUUCCUCAUCUCACACCAGCCGCAGGGUUCUUCGCCAACUUCUCGUCCAUCAACACCACCCUCACCCUCUGUGAAACCGCCCACGCCAGAGUCAGCAGAGGAAUGGACCGUUCUUCGCACCGUGCAACGCAACACUGGACGUACCUAUGUAGUUAUGCAGACCAAGCCCCUCGAACACCCUUGGUAUACAUCACUUAGACAAGGAUGGGAAGAUACCAUGGGCACGAAGGUGCUAGACUGGUUCCUCCCUUUAAAACAGAGUCCCUGUACGCAAAGAAGUCGCAAAGGCGAGUUUGCCUGGGGCGAACUCAUCUACGACAUGGCACAGCAAUACGAGAAGCAUAAUCCCGGCAUCAAGUUGGCAAUUCUCGAGGGGCGACGAUGA